UUUGUGUUGCUGAGCUCCAGGACCGCACGCUCUGAGGAGGACCGGGACGGCCUGUGGGACGCCUGGGGCCCGUGGAGUGAGUGCUCACGCACCUGCGGUGGAGGGGCCUCCUACUCGCUGAGGCGCUGCCUCAGCAGCAAGAGCUGUGAGGGAAGAAAUAUCCGAUAUAGAACAUGCAGUAAUGUGGACUGCCCACCAGAAGCAGGUGAUUUCCGAGCGCAGCAGUGCUCAGCUCAUAAUGAUGUCAAGCACCAUGGCCAGUUUUAUGAAUGGCUUCCUGUGUCUAACGACCCCGACAACCCAUGUUCCCUCAAGUGCCAGGCCAAAGGAACAGCCCUAGUUGUUGAACUUGCACCUAAAGUCUUAGAUGGGACUCGCUGCUACACAGAAUCUUUGGAUAUGUGCAUCAGUGGUUUGUGCCAAAUUGUUGGCUGCGAUCACCAGCUGGGAAGCACCAUCAAGGAAGAUAACUGUGGCGUCUGCAACGGAGAUGGGUCCACCUGCAGGCUGGUCCGAGGGCAGUAUAAAUCCCAGCUCUCUGCAACCAAACUGGAUGACACAGUGGUUGCUAUUCCCUAUGGAAGCAGACAUAUUCGCCUUGUCUUAAAAGGACCUGACCACUUGUAUCUGGAAACCAAAACCCUCCAGGGGGCUAAAGGUGAAAACAGUCUCAGCUCUACAGGCAUCUUUCUUGUGGACAAUUCUAGUGUGGACUUCCAAAAAUUUCCAGACAAAGAGAUACUGAGAAUGGCUGGACCACUUACAGCAGAUUUCAUUGUCAAGAUCCGCAACUCGGGGCCCGCAGACAGUACAGUCCAGUUCAUCUUCUAUCAGCCUAUCAUCCACCGAUGGAGGGAGACGGAUUUCUUUCCUUGCUCAGCAACCUGUGGAGGAGGUUACCAGCUGACAUCGGCUGAGUGUUACGAUCUUCGGAGUAACCGAGUGGUUGCUGACCAAUACUGUCACUAUUACCCCGAGAACAUCAAACCCAAGCCCAAGCUUCAGGAGUGCAACCUGGAUCCUUGUCCAGCCAGUGACGGAUACAAGCAGAUCAUGCCUUAUGACCUCUACCAUCCCCUUCCUCGGUGGGAGGCCACCCCGUGGACCGCGUGCUCCUCCUCGUGUGGGGGGGGCAUCCAGAGCCGGGCAGUUUCCUGUGUGGAGGAGGACAUCCAGGGGCAUGUCACCUCAGUGGAAGAGUGGAAAUGCAUGUACACCCCUAAGAUGCCCAUCGUGCAGCCCUGCAACAUUUUUGACUGCCCUAAAUGGCUGGCACAGGAGUGGUCUCCGUGCACAGUGACGUGUGGCCAGGGCCUCAGGUACCGUGUGGUCCUCUGCAUCGACCAUCGGGGAAUGCACACCGGAGGCUGUAGCCCCAAAACCAAGCCCCACAUAAAAGAGGAAUGCAUCAUACCCACUCCCUGCUAUAAACCCAAAGAAAAACUUCCGGUAGAGGCCAAGCUACCAUGGUACAAACAAGCUCAAGAACUUGAAGAAGGAGCUGCUGUGUCAGAAGAGCCCUCAUUCAUCCCAGAGGCCUGGUCGGCCUGCACGGUCACCUGUGGUGUGGGGACCCAGGUGCGAAUAGUCCGGUGCCAGGUGCUCCUGUCUUUCUCUCAGUCCGUGGCCGACCUGCCCGUUGACGAAUGUGAAGGGCCCAAGCCAGCAUCGCAGCGCCCCUGCUACGCAGGACCCUGCAACGGGGAGGUUCCUGAGUUUAACCCGGAAGAGACUGGUGGCCUCUUCGGUGGCCUGCAGGAUUUUGACCAGCUCUACGACUGGGAGUACGAGGGCUUCACCAAGUGCUCCGAGUCAUGUGGAGGAGGUGUCCAGGAGGCGGUGGUGAUCUGCCUGAACAAACAGACACGGGAGCCCGCGGAUGAGAACCUGUGCGUGACCAGCCAGCGGCCGCCCCAGCUCCUGAAAUCCUGCAGUUUGGAUCCCUGCCCGGCAAGGUGGGAAAUUGGCAAGUGGAGUCCAUGUAGUCUCACCUGUGGGGUUGGCCUGCAGACCAGAGAUGUCUCCUGCUCCCACCUACUUUCCAGAGAGAUGAAUGAAACAGUAAUCCUGGCUGAUGAGCUGUGUCACCAGCCCAAGCCCAACACGGUGCAAGCUUGUAACCGCUUCAACUGCCCCCCAGCCUGGUACCCUGCGCAGUGGCAGCCGUGUUCCAGGACCUGCGGAGGGGGCAUCCAGAGGCGCGAGGUUCUUUGCAAACAGCGCAUGGCUGAUGGCAGCUUCUUGGAGCUUCCAGAGACCUUCUGUUCGGCCCCCAAACUGGCCCCCCAGCAGGCCUGCAAGAAAGAUGACUGUCCCAGCGAGUGGCUGCUCUCUGACUGGACAGAGUGUUCCACGAGCUGCGGGGAGGGCACCCAGACGAGAAGUGCCAUUUGCCGGAAGGUGCUGAAAACAGGUGUCUCAGCUACUGUCAAUUCCUCCCUGUGCCCGCCCCUGCCGUUCUCUUCAUCCAUCAGGCCCUGUAUGCUGGCCACCUGUGCAAGGCCCGGGUGGCCAUCCACAAAGCACAGUCCUCACAUCGCGGCAGCAAGGAAGGUAUACAUCCAGACCCGCCGGCAGAGGAAGCUGCACUUCAUCGUGGGGGGGUUCGCCUACCUGCUCCCCAAGACCGCAGUGGUGGUACGCUGCCCCACGCGGCGCUUCCGCAAGCCCCUCAUCACCUGGGAGAAAGACGGCCAGCACCUCAUCAGCUCCGCCCACGUCACCGUGGCCCCAUUUGGGUACCUGAAGAUCCACCGCCUCAAGCCCUCUGACGCGGGCAUCUACACCUGCUCGGCCGGCCCGGCCCGGGAGCAGUUUGUGAUUAAGCUCAUUGGAGGCAACCGGAAGCUGGUGGCCCGGCCCUUGAGCCUGCGGAGCGAGGAGGAAGCCCUCGCGGUGAGGAAGGCCCGCCCGAAGGAGGCCCUGCAGACCCACAAACACCACAACGGGAUCUUCUCCAAUGGCAGCAAGGCCGAGAAGCGGGGCCUCCCUGCUGAUGCCGGGAGCCGCUAUGAUGACCUGGUCUCUCGGUUGCUGGAGCAGGGGGGCUGGCCAGGAGAGCUGCUCGCCUCCUGGGAGGUCCAGGACUCCACAGAAAGGAACACAUCCUCCGAAGAGGACCAGAACGCCGAGCAGGGCCUUCUGCACCUGCCCUUCACCAUGGUGGCCGAGCAGCAGCGCCUGGACGACAUCCUCCGGAACCUCUCCCAGCAACCCGAGGAGCUCCGCGACGUCUACAGCAAGCACCUAGUGGCCCAGCUGGCCCAGGAGAUCUUCCGCAGCCGCCAGGACGCGCUCCUCAAGCCGUCCGAGCGGGGGAUUCCCCCAGUGGCCAUCCCUCCUCAUAAACACGUGUCUGGCUUCAGCAGCUCCCUCCGGACCUCGUCCCCUGGGGAGGGCGGGGGCAGCUCUCGCCGGCCACACCGGAAGCCCAUCAUCUUGCGCAAAAUCUCAGCCGCCCAGCAGCUCUCAGCCUCCGAGGUGGUCACCCACCUCGGGCAGACUGUGGCCCUGGCCAGCGGGACACUGAGUGUGCUUCUGCACUGCGAGGCCGUAGGCAACCCAAGGCCUACCAUCAGCUGGGCCCGGAACGGAGAAGAGGUUCAGUUCAGCAACAGGAUUAUUCUACAGCCAGAUGAUUCCUUACAGAUCCUGGCCCCCGUGGAAGCUGAUGUGGGUUUCUACACUUGUAAUGCCACAAAUGCCUUGGGAUAUGACUCUGUCUCCAUUGCCGUCACAUUAGCAGGAAAGCCACUAGUGAAAACAUCCCGAGGGACUGUGUUCAACACGGAGGAACCCGCGAUCACAGUUGAUGUAGGAGGCACCGUCAAAACAGUUGGAGGCGUGAAUGUGACUAUUAACUGCCAAGUUGCAGGUGUGCCUGAAGCCGAAGUCACUUGGUUCAGGAAUAAAAGCAAACUGGGCUCCCCUCACCAUCUGCACGAGGGCUCCUUGCUGCUUACAGCCGUGUCCUCCUCGGAUCAGGGCCUGUACUCCUGCAGGGCGGCCAAUCUGCACGGGGAGCUGACUGAGAACACCCAGCUACUGAUCCUAGAUCCCCCCCACGUCCCCACGCAGUUGGACGACAUCAGGGCCCUGCUCUCAGCCACUGGACCGAACCUUCCUUCGGUGCUGACGUCUCCGCUGGGAACACAGCUGGGCCUGGAUCCUGGGAAUUCCGCUCUCCUUGGCUGCCCCAUCAAAGGCCACCCUACUCCCAAUAUCACCUGGUUCCAUGGUGACCAGCCAGUUGCCAAUAGCACAGGACUGACGCAUCAUAUCUUGGCAGCUGGACGGAUUCUCCAGGUUGCAAAUCUUAGUGGCGGGGCUCAAGGGGAAUUCAGCUGCCUUGCUCAGAAUGAGGCGGGAAUGCUCGUCCAGAAGGCCUCUUUAGUGAUCCAAGAUUACUGGUGGUCUGUGGACAGACUGGCGACCUGCUCAGCCUCCUGUGGUAACAGAGGGGGUCAGCAGGCCCGCCUGAGGUGUCUCCUGAACAGCACGGAGGUCAACCCCACCCGCUGCGCAGGGAAGGUGCGUCCUGCUGUGCAGCCCAUCGCCUGCAACCGGAGAGACUGCCCUUCCCGGUGGAUGGUGACCUCCUGGUCCGCCUGUACCCGGAGCUGUGGGGGCGGUGUCCAGACCCGCCGAGUGACCUGCCAGAAGCUGAAAGCCUCUGGGAUCUCCACUCCUGUGUCCAAUGACAUGUGCACACAGCUUGCCAAACGGCCAGUCGACACCCAGGCCUGUAACCAACAGCUGUGUGUGGAGUGGGCCUUCCCCAGCUGGGGCCAGUGCAACGGGCCUUGCGUCGGGCCUCACCUCGCCGUGCAGCACAGACAAGUCUUCUGCCAGACCCGGGAUGGCAUCACCUUACCAUCAGAGCAGUGCAGCGCCCUUCCGAGGCCCGUGAGCACCCAGAACUGCUGGUCCGAAGCCUGCAGCGUACACUGGAGGGUCAGCCUGUGGACCCUGUGCACGGCGACCUGUGGCAGCUACGGCUUCCAGUCCCGGCGCGUGGAGUGCGUGCAUGCCCGCACCAACAAGGCAGUGCCCGAGCACCUGUGCUCCUGGGGGCCCCGGCCCACCAACUGGCAGCGCUGCAACAUCACCCCGUGUGAAAACAUGGAGUGCAGAGAUACCACCAGGUACUGUGAGAAGGUGGAACAGCUGAAACUCUGCCAACUCAGCCAGUUCAAAUCUCGCUGCUGUGGGACUUGCGGCAAAGCGUGA